AUGGAUUCCAACCAAGAAGAUCAUUUUGAUCGUCUUCCAGAUGCAAUUCUCCUCCUCAUCUGCAAUAAACUCCUUGACGCCAAGACCCUAAUCAGAUGCCUCUCAGUCUCAAAGCGUUUUGCUUCUCUUAUUCCUCAAAUUGACACUGUUUUUCUUCCCCUCCCUCGUGUUGUACCUGAUCCAAAACCCGGGGAGGGCUUACCCAAAAAAGUUUUCAAGGUUUUUGUGCAGAAUUUGGUCACAAAACUCGUUCGAUUUCUUCAACAUAUCAUUUUUGCUAGACACGCUACAAACUUCAAGCCUGACCAUUUCUUAUACCAUUCCCCUUAUGGAGUUUUGAAAAACUUCAAUGGAGUAAAGACUUUGCAUUUAGAGCUACCUUGCAUUGGCUGUGACAUGGGAUUUGACAGUGGUGAUCAUUCAUUAAGAUUGCUCAAGUGGAAAGCUGAAUUUGGACAGGAGCUCAAGAGUUGCGUAAUCCUUGGGGCAACAUCUUUUGAAAGGAAGAAACUUUCAUCAACGAACACUGGAAACGAAGUACGUGAUGAAGAAGAACAAGAAUGUUUUCAACCAUAUUUAGCCGAAGAAGUGCUCGACUUACAAAUAAUGUGGACAAUAUCUUGCUUGGUAUCUGCGUCCGUGAGGCACUACUUGUUGAAAGAGAUUGUUGCAAAGUGCCGUACGCUUCAAAGCGUUGUUGUUACGGAUGUAAGCAAGCAAGGGAAGCUUUGCAUGGCGGAAGAACAGCUCGUUGAGCUGAGGAAUAUUACUAUGAACUCGAUGGGGACGUCGACGGAGAGGACUCCCAUACCAAACUCGUGCAUUAAGCUAUGGUACGAGCCGGUAAUGGAGUUUCCGGCAUCCGGGAUUGUCAUGAAAGGAGUGACAGUUAUGGUGAUCAGGCCUGUUAAUGGAGGGGUGACGUGGGGAGAAGGAAAAAGUGAUGGUGAUUUGUUGGUGGGUGAUUUGGAUGGAAAGGAGGAUCAUGAAGAUAAGGCAGUUUUUAGGGAAGCUGUGGGAGAGAUGGUGAAGAGGAAAACUAAGUUUGUGAUGGAAUUGAGUUCCUUUUGA